AUGAAGUUCACGCCAGUCGUCCUCCUCCUCGCGACCCUUGUCGCCGCCCUUCCGGAGCCAGCUCCCGCCCCCGAGGCCCUCGCGGAGCCCGAGCCCGUACCGGAACCCAAGACUGCCGUAUCCACCCUGCCCAUUCUGCCGCCCGUGGAUCUACCCAAUCCUCUGUCGCUGCUGACCGUCUUUGGUGUCUGCAUUACGGGCUGCAUUGAAAAGUCCAUUGUCAUCAAGACCGAUUGCGCCAAGACCCCGACGGCCAAGUGCGUCUGUCCGAGCAUCAAGGAAGUCUUGAUCGAUUCCUCGACUUGUUUCAAGACGUGCAAGCCUAAUAAUCUGCUAGUCCUGGCGGCUGUUGCAUGCAAGCUCAAAGGAAUCGAUAUCUAA